UAGGCGCAAACAUAGAGCAAUACACCCCACCGGCGAGAUGCACCUGGGAAGCCUAAGGACAGCCCUCUACAAUUACCUAUUCGCAAGAAAGUACGGUGGAAAGUUUCUCCUCAGGAUCGAGGACACGGAUCAGUCACGGGUAGUUCCUGGAGCGGCUGAGAGGAUUGUGGACACGCUGCGCUGGGCUGGUCUCUGCCCCGACGAAGGACCUGGUCUGGGCGGCAGUGUAGGUCCUUAUGUGCAGUCUCAAAGGCUAAAGUUCUACAAAGAGUAUGCCCACAGGCUCCUUGAGACUGGCCAUGCCUACCGGUGUUACUGCUCAGAGACACGGCUGGAAAUUCUCCGAAAGAACGCCCUACGAAAUCAGGAGCUGCCCCGUUAUGACAACCGGUGUCGUUCGCUGGAAAAGAACCCACCAGGACAACAACCCUAUGUGAUUCGCCUAAAGCUGACAGAAGGCAACCUGACAUUUCAAGAUGGUGUUCAUGGGCCAGUAACCCUAAAUUUGGCUCAAACGGAAGGAGAUCCUGUGAUCCUGAAAAGCGAUGGUUUCCCAACAUACCACUUGGCAUGUGUGGUGGAUGACCGGAUGAUGAGGGUUACCGAUGUGCUACGAGGUGUCGAGUGGCAGGUCUCAACUCCCAAGCACCUGAUGCUGUACAGUGCUCUCGGCUGGGAGCCGCCGCGCUUCUGGCACCUGCCUCUUCUACUUAACAAGGAUGGCACCAAGCUUUCCAAACGUCGAGAUGACAUCCGUGUGGAAAAAUUGAGAGAGCAAGGCUUCUCACCUGAAGCUGUGAUCAACCUGCUGGUGUUGGCAGGAGGUGGGUUUGGCAAGCAGUACAAGGACCAGUUUCUUCAGCUCUCCGAAAUGGUUGACAAGUUUUCACCUGACAACUUGAAGGCAGGCUCCUGUCGUCUGGACACUGAGCGGCUUCAGUCUUUGAACAAGCUGCACCUGCAUUCCUGCCUUAGCUCAGAGGAUGGUACACAGAUGCUUGUCAGGCAGUUGCAGCAGCUUCUCGCUGAGCAGCAAAGCUCUGCAGUUAGCGCAUCCUUUACUGAGCACGACAUCAUCCAUGUUCUGCACCAAACAAAGGAACGGAUUGACAGCUUGCACGAUCUGCUUACUCCGGAUAUGGCGUUCAUCUGGUGUGACCCUGUACUGAGUGGCCAAGACCAGCAGAAGCCUGAAGUUGUUGCAGCAGUCAGUCGCUUGUGCAGACAACUGGAAAGCCUGAACAGCAGCCAGUACAAUAGUGACUCCUUGAGCCAACUGCUGAGAUCAGUGGCUUCAGAAGCCGGGCUCAAGUACAGUGACUUCAUGCGGCAUUUGCGUCUGCUGCUUAGUGGACUCAAGCAAGGGCCAGGUGUAGCCGAAAUGAUGCUGCUCCUGGGGAAAGAGCGAACACAACACCGCCUGCAGCAAGUUCCAGGCACUGCCAAAAAGGCCAGUUUCGGGGCUGUCGAGGAAGCCUAAUCUGGAGCGUCUGUUAUACCAAGUGAGGUGUUGCCAGCACAACAUGCUUUCGGCGUGUGGCCAACUUGGAGAACUCCAUCCAACUUCCCUUGUCACCUAGUCCAGCUGUAGUUGCUGUUGUUACAUCAAAGCAAAUAUCCUGCAGCUUUUUGAGUGUGCAGUAAACAAGCUGAGUCACUGUCUUGCCCCCAGUAGAGUUGAGACCAAGUAAAAAAUCUGGAUACCACAGGUAUCUUGAAAAGACAGAAUUUCUUCGCUGUCAAGAGAUACUUGGUGAAACUGAAUAGUGCUGUGCACCCACAUGUACACAACUGCUGCUCUCCAGCAUGCAGUUUCGUACAGCACACAUUAGGCACAAGGAGCUUAAUUUAAUUUUUUUUUUUUGGUGGCUACUACAGCAUCCACACUAUGUGCCCGACAGUACAUGAGUUCGAACUUCUGUGUGCCAUGAAGGUUUAUCAGCUCUUGUCUUACAGGGAAGUUCCUCUUCUUAGGUCCUGCCGUGUUAGUUGUCAAAGCAUAGUUUAUAAAAAGGCCCCGACACAGUUUGUGACAUGAGCAGCUCAGUUCUAUAAACAUCCACUGUACACGGAGUGGUCAAGUUUUAGAAAGCAAGGUGCCAAUAACUUGGUCCUUGCUUCACCCAGUGUAAACAGUGACCACUUGGCGAAAGCUUUGUGCAGACACAGGAGGCCCUCAUCCCGUGACCUAUGCUCACCGCCUCACCCUUUCCACCAUGUUGCCCACGUAGGUCAACUCUGCAUAUAUGUCAGCUCUCCUAAUUUGCGACACUCGUUAUAAAAAAAAAAGAAUACAAAAAAGAAAGGACGAAAGAAAUGUGGGAGUACACAGUUCGUCUGAUACUUUCGACUCCCAAGGGUGUUGAAAAUGUGCAAAAAAUUGGGCAGUCCGAAAAAAAUGAAUGCAUGCAAUUUACUUCCCCCAGUGGUUCAAUUCACCUUAGGCACAUCUGAAAUAGCUCUGAAGGCCUGUCUGCACUCUUAUUAGGCAUAUCGGUGCUUGUACUGGACAGAAGAUGGCAGGUGCAUGCGUGGAUAUAUACAUACUGUGUUCCGUGACAGUGGCCCCUUUUUGUUCUUGGUAUGCUUGACCGCUUUACAGUGUAUGCUUGACGAUGUAACAACGCUGUGUCGGAGCAAAAUUGACUAAUUGGGACCUGCAUUAUGCAUUGGCCCUUGCAGUACUUUUCGUGCUUCGAAGCCAUCUGCGAUGAUGACCUAGGCAAAGUCAAUGUCAUUGCUGACAGUGGUUAAUUCUUUCAUUGAGAAACAUGCCACUGAACAAUAGGAAGCUUGAUAGCGAACAUCGAAGCAGCUGGGCCUAGCGUUGUCGCUGUGGCUAUGGCUGCCAGCGGAUUGGCAUCCGAGAGCACUGGUUAUACGCUGCAAGAUAAUAAGAAUGGCAGCGGUGGUGGUUUAGAUUAAUGCACUUCUGAACCUGUGGUCAGGCAAAAAGUCUGAAAAACUGUAUGACAAAGGGUUUAAGCAUCCAAAAUUUCAGACGUCCUCAUGCAUUGGCUCUAUGGGCUUUGUGGUGGUGCUGCAAAGGCAUCUGAAUAAACGGACCUGUCCGAAAUAUUGGGCGUCCAAAAAAAAUUUUAAAAAUUGGUCGUUGAUUGUAUACUUAUAGUCACCCUCUGUUAAUUUGACACUGAGGGAAUUGAUUAAAUUAAUCUAAUUCGGUAAAUUGAAACAAAGAGUUAAAGAAUUGACUCGUCAUCCCGACCUUGCGAAUCUGGAUGGCCAGCGAAGCUGUUAGAAAAGCACUCAAAUGCCGUUGAUGGGGAUAUGAAAUAUUUUAUUGUUCUUCCCAGUCUCAGCACGAUACUGUUGUUGAGCAUUACGAUUUUGCACUCUUCAACGCUCAUCAUAUCACGCUGCUCUUCGGGAGCCUUAACUUUGCAUGGUCUACCAUACUGGUCUUGCAAUGAACUGAAUGAGUUACUAGGCAGGUCUCCCUUUUAUCUAUGAAGUUUGGUGAUGUCACUCACUGGUUUUUGUGCUGCUGUUGCCCUUUUGCCACCGGAGCAGCUUAUGCAACUGUAAUUUUUACCGGGAAACACAUGCGGGGCGAAAUAACGUGCCUUGCAUUGCUCACAGGUGCCUUAUCAUCCAUAAUGCAGUUCUGAUGCUUAUUUUGAGCUUUUCUUUAUUGAAAUGAACACUGAGCUUUGUGUUGUAUGCCUGAUUCCAAAGGAAAUAUGCACUUUUUUUUCGGAUUAUUAUUAUUAUUAUUAUUAUUAUUAUUAUUAUUUCUUUUUUGCUGAUAGACAUGAAAAAUCAUGACCAACUAGAGGCUAACAGCUUUGCUGUAAAAAAAAUUUAUAAAACGCUGUACUGUUUCACUUGUAUAUUGCAGUAUUUGCACUUCACUGCAGUAUUUUCUCGAUUCUAAAAUGCCCCUGCAUUUAAUGCUCACCUUAAAAAUGACACAGUUUCUAAAUAAAGUACAGUUAAAUCUUGAAAUAACGAACUUCAGUAUAACGAAAUUCUCGAUAUAAUCAAGUACAGUUAAACCUCGAUAUAACGAAGUCAGUAAAAUUUGCAAUCUGCUUUUGAAUUUCGUUAUACAGUUAACCCUCCAUAUGAUGAACUUCAAAAUAACAAAAUUCUCAAUAUAACAAAGUAUUUAAAUUUUUGUAACCUCUUGUCCAUAGAACACCAUGUAAUUAGAACCUCAAUAUUACGAAGUGUGUAUGCGAUUUCAGUAUAACGAAAUUUCGCUUCCACUGCAAAGGAAUGCUGAGACAGUAAAUGGAAACUUCUUUGGACGCAGAUGGUCAAAUGAUUGAAUAACAAGUGGCUGCUUGCAAUUUGCACCUCCCAAAUCGCACACAGCGCGACAAGAGCAACCGCCAAAGUGAAACCGCAUCAUGUUUCAUAUAAAGUCCAAGAUGCUAUUGUACCUCGUGCUUUUUGUGCUUUAGAUGUGAGUGAAAGUGUGUGAGGGUGAGAAAGAAAGAUGGUGGCUUCAUGCAGGUGUGCUACCUCCCCCAAGUGAGCAAAGGAAAAGAUGGGAGCGAGCUUGCGAUAAUGUGAUCAAGCGUGCGUGAUGGGUGGCUGGCGGCGGUGGGGGGGUGUAAGUUGGCGUGCAUCACGAUUUGUGGCACGCACACAGCUGCAAGCCUGGCUGAGCGCGUACACAGCUGCGCACCCUGCUUUAGAGGUGAUCUGCCGCAUGUAGAAAGAAUGGGCCUGCCGAGAUGGUGUGGCAUCAUGUAAGCUGUCUUCCUGUGCAUUUAGUAUUGAAGGUUGCAUAAUCUUGAGUUUCAGUGACCCAUUGGAGUGAUAGGCAGAGGAAGCAUUCACUCACCUCUGCUGGCGCUUUUCAUCACAGCGUUGUACUAGUGUGGGCGAUGCUAUCAGCUGCGGGGGCAGAGCGCUUGCAAAAGAGUGGCUGAAUUUGCCUAAUUUGUACCGGCAAUAAAUAUAUUGUCGACAUGGCAUGAAACCGUAUCAUAUGUUGCCGACUCCCAAAUUUAUCAAAAUGAAUUGUUUUCUCAUUCAAAUUUGCUUUUUUCGAUUGUCCGACAAUUCGGAAAAUUCUGCGGCCGCUUUCCAUGUAACAAAAAUUGAUGAGCGACUGUACUUAUUUGCAUGAAAAGGCUAAUUUUAAUACAAUGAAAUUUCGAUGUAAUGAAGCAAAUUGACGAUUUUACCUACCGUACUUUGUUAUAUCAAAGUUUAACCAUUGAAAUUCGUCCUGCUGUGCCAAUAAGUACAGUCAUUGAUGGAUUUUUCUAACACUGAAGGGGCCGAAAAAUGUUUUCCGCUAUAGGGUAAUUGAUAAAAGCAAGCUUGAAUGAGAAAAAAGAAUAAUUUUGUUUAAUUUGAGAGCUGGCGUCGAAAGGUGCAGCUUCAUGAGGUUUUGACGAUAUCGUCACAUCGAGUCACAGUGUUGCCUUUAGUGGGAUGACGCUGUCAUGAAAAGCAUUGCCAGCAGGGAGCGGAUGUUUUACCCCCCUCUCGCUUGAAAGCGUCUCCGAAACUUAAGAUUACGAAACCUCCAGUAUUAAACGCAUGGAAAGACAGUGCACACACAGCAGAUUGCCUCUAAAGUGCACGCUGCUGCAUAUGCACUCGGCCAUGCAUAGCCACGACCGUGAUAGAAAAGGGGUCGCAUGCCGACUUGCUCCCCACUCUCUCCCCCUACUCGUGUGCGCUUGACCGCAUUACCGCAAACUCGUCCCCCCCCCCCCCCUGCCCUCUUGCUUGUGCUGUAAGACAGUGCUCACCGAACUACCAUCUUCUCAGCUCACCCUUGCAUACUUUCACUUGCAUCCAAAGCUCGUGGCCUUGCUUCGUAUCGCCGAUGUGAAGAUAUCAUCAACAAUGCAUUACAGUAUGGCUGUUAAACCGUAUCUUUCACUGCUGACUCCUAAAUUCAACAAAAUGAUUUCUUUUUCUCAUUCAAAUUUGCUUUUUCUGAUGAAAAAUGCUGCGGCCCCUUCUGUAUAGGAAUAAUUCAUCAUUGACUGUACUUAUUUACACAAAAGGGUGACUUUCAAUAAAAGAAAAUUUCAGUAUAACCAAGCAAAUUACAUAUUUUAUAGACUAUGUUGCAUCGAGGCUUAACUGUAGAAAUCUAAUGCGCACUCAAUUUUUACCAACAAGGGUGUAGCAUGUCUCUGACUUUGGCAAUCAGAAAAAAAGAUUAAGCCAGCAAACACUACCUUCAUAGCGUGUAAAUUUAUUUACACUUAAUGUCUAUCAUCGGCAAUCUCAGACAGCACUUUCUGCCAUCUAUGGAUCACAACAUGUCGUCCUCCAUGCGGUCCAUUGAGCAUUUUAUAUUCUGCAUUUAUCAAAUGACUCCGCAACAGUCACAAAUAGGAUAGUGGCCUACACAUAGACUAAACACUUUGUUAGUUCCUCUUGCAAUGCAUUCAAUUCUCCGAAAUGCCAAAAACAUGGUAUGCUUUGUUGCCGCUAGCUCAACAUGUCAAAUAACCUGUCUUAACUAAGCUUUUGCAGUCAAACACUAAAAGUGACAUAUUGUCAUUUUCACGCAGUGCGUUCUGCCGCCAUUUUGUGAUGGUAAUGGCUAUGAUGCUUAUGGCUAGGCUGGAUCUGACAGUAAGUUGUUGUUUCGGUUUUGUAUCCAAUUGCACUGUGCAGGCAAUUUUCAGACCAAUCUUCUUGGGAAAAGAAGCCACUCAUUACUUAUGGUAAUCAUUACAGGAAUCAUUCAUGAAGGAGUAAUAAAUGUUAAUCAUUACAGUAAUCAUUAAUUGUGAGCUAUCGUUGUUGCUCGAAAAUCUUCUUAGGGCAGGCCAAGAAUAGUAAUUGUUGGCUUGAAAUGUGACAUGUGUUUGACAUAUUCACUUUCCCCUAGUGCCACCAAGACAACCACUGCAGCCAUUGAAGUCACCAUAUAAGUCAGGCGUGUUUGUGUCAACCAGUCAAGUUCGAAGCAUCUGGUGACAGCCACUUUCAGAAUCGAAAUAUUGAGUUUCGGCCCAGAAACAAUGUAUAGGCACUGGCUGAAGCCUUCAGUCAGGAUGGAGUUAAAAGUUAGGCAGAGUCAAAAUAAUGAAAGUGUGUACAGUAUGUAGUUGACAUAUUGUGCAGAGGUCGGUCUUGUGCUUACAUGUUCUCUUUAACUUCGUGCCAGCCUGUAUAUGACCUAGCCGUGAACUCGGCAAUGACCUCACUCAUGCCAUUGUCAUCAUCAUUGCUCAUGACUUGUGCUGCUUGCUUCUUGUACAUAAAUUUGGCUAUAGCAAAAUGUAGAAAUAAAAUAGAACUUUUCAUGUUGCCUGGCAAAGCUUUUGGUGUCUCUGGCUUUUUAUGGGCAGCGUUGGUUUCCAUAAAUAUGAAGCGCAAUAACAAAUUUUGAUGAUUUUAUGCGAAAUACGUCACAAAAUGUACAAGUCAAUAAAUUUUUUGAUGUAUAGUAUUUUUCAUUAAAUUGACUGCUGGUUACUCCUGCACAUGUUUCUGCCUACCAGCAUAUCGUGUUGCUAAUAUAUAUUUACCUUUAAUAUGCACUAAAUUUUGUUUGUCUGGAUUCAUUGUUCCCAUUUCUGCUUGGACCAUGCAAAUGUAGCCUGCAUUAUUUCUUAAAUAAAUAAAAUUUAUAGAGUGA